GAGGUGGAGAAGAACAAGUUCAAACAAAUCGUCAUGGCCGUCUCUAGCUGCGCUAGAGUUCUACCUUCUUUUGACUGCCGCCCCGAUCCCCAUUUCUCCGGUAACCCACGCGCUGAGAUGCCCUCCUUCUCUUCUUCUGCCAAUACCAAGACCAAGACUCGCUCCCUUCCCAUCCAUGGAGGAUCGGCGGCGGGUCUGUCUUCUUUGAUCCUCAAGUUCCCUCCCAACUUCGUUCGCCAGCUCAGCACCAAAGCCCGGAGGAAUUGCAGCAACAUCGGCGUUGCUCAAGUCGUUGCGGCUUCGUGGUCCAACAACUCUUCUUCUGCUGUUCCUGCUUCUGCUACCGACGUUAACCCCAUCACCACUGCUCCCCUCGAAGACAUCCACGUCGUCGACGGUCCCCAGCCGGUGGUCGAUGGUGAUUCUUGUAAUACUGGUAGUCCUGUACAGUUUAAGGGUUCGGCCGCUCUGAAGGCCUCAUUUUUGCGCUCCGAUGGGAGCCUCGCUGUUCAUGCUGGUGAAAGAUUAGGUCGCGGUAUAGUUACUGAUGCAAUCACCACCCCAGUCGUCAAUACUUCUGCCUACUGCUUUCAGAAUACUGAUCAGCUCCUUGAUUUCAAGGAGGGACGCUAUGACAGUUUUGAAUAUGGGCGCUAUGGAAAUCCAACUACAGUGGUUGCUGAGGAAAAGCUAAGUGCACUUGAGGGGGCUGAAUCAACACAGUUGAUGGCAUCAGGAAUGUAUGCUAGUAUAGUUAUGCUGUUUGCAUUGGUUCGAGCUGGUGGUCAUGUCAUAACAACGACAGAUUGCUACAGGAAGACUAGAAUAUUUAUUGAAACCAUACUCCCCAAAAUGGGGAUCACGGUUACCGUUAUUGACCCUGCUGAUAUGGAGUCCCUGAAAAGUACACUGGAUAAGCACGAUGUAAAUCUUUUCUUUACCGAAUCUCCAACCAAUCCAUACCUUCGAUGUGUUGACAUUGAGCUGGUUUCAAAGCUUUGCCAUAGUCAUGGUGCACUGGUCUGUGUGGAUGGAACAUUUGCCACUCCUGUGAACCAGAAGGCCCUUGCCCUUGGUGCAGACAUUGUUCUGCACUCUGCAACAAAGUACAUUGGAGGUCACAAUGAUGUUCUUGCAGGUUAUGUUAGUGGUUCUGAAAAGAUAAUUUCUGAAGUCCGUAAGAUCCAUCACAUUUUUGGUGGUGCCCUCAACCCAAAUGCCGCGUAUCUGCUCAUUCGGGGCAUGAAAACAUUGCAUCUUCGUGUACAGCAACAAAAUUCAACAGCAUUGAGGAUGGCUGAGAUUUUAGAGGCACAUCCUAAGGUGGCACGUGUCUAUUAUCCAGGCUUGCCAAGUCACCGAGAACAUCACAUAGCCAAGCGACAAAUGACUGGUUUUGGUGGUGUUGUCAGUUUUGAGGUUGGAGGAGACUUGAUGGCGGCCACGAAAUUCAUUGACAACUUAAAAAUACCCUAUAACGCUGCAUCUUUUGGUGGCUGUGAGAGCAUUGUAGAGCAGCCUGCAAUCAUAUCCUACUGGGAUCUGAAACAAUCAGGAAGAGCUAAGGUUGGGAUCAAAGAGAACUUGAUAAGGUUCAGCUUUGGAGUAGAGGAUUUUGAAGACUUGAAGGCUGAUAUACUCAACGCUCUAGAGACCAUAUAGGGGUGUGUAAGUGAUUACUUUCAGUAGGUGUUCUGGUGGGACUAUAUCUAAAUUCUGUCAGUGUUUUUCUGCUAUGGUUAUUCAAGGAAAAAAAAAAAAAGGUUCUAUGUAAUAGCCAGCCUGGACAAUGAUUUGAUCUUUGAACUAUAAGAAGACGCGAGUGCUUCUUUUUUGAUAUUUCAGUUCCUAAUGCUAUUGUUGAUCAAUUCAGAUUUUCUUUUUAA